CAGAGGAUGCUGAAUGCUCCAAGGUCAGACCCAGGAAGGUGAAACCAUUUGAGCUGCUUGCCCUGAAGACAGUCUACUCACAGAGAGGAGGCUCCCCCAGAGUCCUGACUGGCUUCGUAGGGAGCAGUUUCAGAGCAUCACCCCGGUGAUUCCAUGACAACUGGUGGCAGUAGUGGGAUAAACUGCACCCUGUGGUUGGAGCAUUCUGCAGUAAGUGACUGGGGAGCAGUAAAACAAAGGGGGAUUAGCGAGAGACGGGCGUGCUGAAGGCUCAGAGAGGUGCGGUUCCAGGAGGCGGAGGAACCUACGGCUUAACCCCGAGAUAGAGUGGACCCCCGAGAAGGGCUGUCGAUUCUUCCCAGGGACCGUGGGGAGCUGAGAAACCACAGGCCUGUGAGUCUGUGACCACUUGGGAACAGCGAGGAGAUAGCCUAUAAGUAUCUCCUUAAGAAGAACGUUGUAGAGCUGUGCAGAGAGAGAGGGCUACGCAUUGGAAAGCUCACGAAGGCACAGCUGAUUGCUUGGUUGGAAGAGGAGGAUCGCUUUAAGGAGCCGGUUCCUGGGGCCGCGAGAGAGGCUGGGAACCGCCAGGCAGCCCCAGGGCCUACACCAAGCGAGCGAGCUGGGGCCCGGGGAGGGGCUGAGAGCAGCCAGGCAGCUCCGGGAUCCACCUCCCCAACCAGCAGGGGAUCUUCACGGCCGUAGGUGGAACUGAAACGGGAAGAGCUGAAGGACCAGGAGAGACAGAGGCAGCAUGAACGGGCGAUGGCGGAGCUGAGAGGCAGCUGGGGGAACAGCGACGGGGGACCCCAUGGCAGACCCCACGUGCCGCGAGCCCCCCGAUGGGGGCUGGGGAUGGAUGGUGGUGCUGGCCGGCUUCCUCCAGUCGGCGCUGGUUUUCGGGGUGAUCCGCUCCUUCGGCGUCUUCUUCAUGGAGUUUGUGGGGUACUUCGGAGAGCUGGCGGGACGUGUCUCCUGGGUCACCUCCAUCGGGAUCGCGGUGCUGCAGCUAGGGGGUCCGGUGAGCAGCGCCCUCAGCACCCAGUACGGCGCCCGCCCCGUGGUGAUGGUCGGGGGCCUCCUCUCGGGGCUGGGCAUGCUCCUGGCUUCCUUUGCCACCAGCCUGACCCACCUGUACCUGAGCAUCGGGCUGCUCUCAGGGCUGGGCUGGGCCUUGGUUUUCACCCCUUCCGUGGCUUCUGUGGCCCAGUACUUCGCCAAGCGGCGGACCUUCGCCACGGGCCUGGCUGUCUCGGGGGCGGGCCUGGCCUCCUUCGCCUUCUCCCCACUCUUCCAGCUGCUGGUGGACACCUACGCCUGGCGGGGAGCCCUCCUGGUGGUGGCCAGCAUCUCCUUCAACCUGGUGGCCGCCGGGGCUCUGCUGCGGCCGUUGGAGACAGAGGGUAACAAGGCGUCCGCGCCGGAGGCGGGGUGGCUGUGGCUGCCAGCCUUCUCCUCCCUCUGCCAGCCACGCCUGGCCUGCCACAGGCCCUUCCUCCUGUUCGCUGCGGCCUUCGUCCUGGUGGACACCGGCUACUACGUACCCUACGUCCACCUGGUGCCCCACGCCCGGGAGCUGGGCUUUGACGAAUACCGAGCCGCCUUCCUCCUGUCCUCGGCCGCUGUGGCUGACCUGUGCGGCCGCGUGGCGGGUGGCUGGCUGGCCGACCGCUUCGCCGUCCGCCUGGUCCACAGCCUGAUCCUCUGGACCGUCCUGACGGGCCUCUCCAUGGUGCUGCUGCCGCUGGGGCAGAGCUACUCCCUCCUGAUGGGCCUCUGCAUCUGCUACGGCUUCUGUGCCGGUGCCCUGGUGCCCCUCCAGUUUUCCAGCAUGGCGGAGAUCGUGGGAACGGGGUGCAUCAUGGAGGGGAUUGGGCUCAUGCAAAUGAUGGAAAGUGCUGGCUCCCUCGUGGGGUCCCCUCUGUCUGGUUGGCUGCGGGACAUGACUGGGGACUACACGGCCUCUUUCAUUGUAGCAGGGGCUUUUCUCCUCGCUGGAAGUUUGCUCCUUCUUGCCCUGCCAAAUUAUUUCUCCUGCCCCAUGGACUCGACAACUGAGGAGGAGACCAUGGGGGACCCCUGAGACUUUAGCUCCUGGGGGGGUUGUCCCAGAGAGCCAGAUUGGAAGUGAGAGGUCAGCAGGGGGCAGAGCAUCAAGUAUACGGAUCCAGCUGAUAGGUGUCUGCUUCUUCGCUGACCAUCGUAAGACGGUUGGAGGAUGCAUAAGAGACAGAAGGAGGGAGCUACCCAGUCUAGAUCCACUCCUCUUUGCAAGCUGGUGUCCAGAGCAUCCUAGAUCUUUCAGGCUAGAAAGGACCCCGAUGGUCCCCUAGUGUGACCUUCUGCACGGCCCAGAGAACUCCAGCCCAUAUCUGGUGGUCGAGCUAGCGGGUAGCUUUCGGUCUUGACUUAAAAGGACACGCGUGACGGAGAAGACGCCACCACUCUAGGGGAAAUUGGCCCCACUGGUUAAUUGCCCUCCCCAUGAAAAAUUUGCACUUGAUUGGCCCAGCUAGUGAAGGUCGUCUCCUCCCCUUGACCGCGUUUCUCUGUCUGUCUGCGUGUAACGUGAUUGUGACCGGCCGUCCCGGCCGAUCGGUUCCAAACUUUCAGGGCACAUUUGAGGCAUGAGUAGCUAGAACCCUGUUGAUUUAGGGGGAGAUUGGAAAACAAAGAAAAUGGGGAAGAGGGAUGCACGGCGACUCGACCAGCUCUGUAGUGCAGACCCCCACAGCUCUGGGAGGAUCUCUAGCUCAAACAACCGGUUGUUGAUGGCAGAAAUGUAAUGCCUUGACUAGCUCAGAUGCCUUCCCCUGGAACUGCAUACCCAGAAUGGCUGAUCCCCCAGGCCACUGGGAUUGGGUGGUUCCAACCCCCACCCCCACCCCGACCCGCAAGUUGUGCUUUAGCUCUUUUCUGAGGGGCUUUCAUGACACGUGCCCCCCAGAACUGGCCGCAGCCUUCCAGUGAGGCCAGACAGAUGGGGUAGACAGCUCUGUGUCAGCCCAGCUCCAGAGAUAUUCAUACAAGGAUCCCUCGCCCAGCGCUGAGAUACAGCCACCUUUGGGGCGGGGCGGCUGGUUACACGGGGACCCCUCACCCGGCGCUGAGAUGUGGCCACCUCUAGGGCGGGGCGGCUGGUUACACGGGGACCUCUUGCCCGGUGCUGAGAUGUGGCCACCUCUGGGGCGGUGCAGCUGGUUACACAGGGACCCCUCACCCAGUGCUGCCUCGCCCCAGAGGUGGCUGCAUUUCAGCACUGGGCAAGGGGGUGGGGGGAAGGGUGGGGCUGCCAUUAGACGCCUCCUCUCAGCUGCGGACUUUGCCUCACAAUUCACUGAUAAGAAUGCCCAACCUUUGAGACCCGGGUUCCCGUCUGAUGCCAGGCACCCUGCUGCUGCUUGCUGGGUCCCCGGAGCUGGGAGAGGGUCGAGGGGGCAGCUGUGCAGCCCCCCCCCCCGAGGUUAACAGCCGCAGGGUCAUUCUGCAGGGCGCUCGGUCACCCAGCACUGGGAUGCAGCCACCUCUCACAUAGGGCAUGGCUGCUGAUUCAUGGCCCCACCCCCCUGCUGCACUGCCUGGGAAUCGUUCAUCGCGGAUUCAGCGGCCGUCACCUCUGGAGUGGAGCACAUUAACCAGCCACAUGGCCAGGCUGCACAGAGAUCGCUCACCCAGCAUCAAGGGGCUACCCCCUCUGGGGAGGAGUGAGGCAGCUGAUUAUGCCAGACUCACCUCGGGCGUGCUGCGCUGAAUCUUCAUAGAGCCCCCCAUCCUCCUGGAACCCCCUGACGGGGGCUGGGGCUGGCUGGUGGCACUGGCAGUCUUCCUGGAGUCGGGGCUGAUUUUUGGGGUGAUCCGCUCCUUUGGGGUCUUCUUCGUGGAGUUUGUGGGGCACUUCGGGGAGCUGGUAGGGCGCAUGUCCUGGGUCAUGUCUAUCACAGUAGCUAUUCUGCUGUAAGAAGUGGGCUGUAGUCCACGAAAGCUUAUGCUCUAAUAAAUUUGUUAGUCUCUAAGGUG